AUAUAUAUCUCUCGAUGGCAGAAAGUACAAACAACAGAUAAAGGCAGCAACUGAGAACAGAUUUGUAGGAUGUCGACUGAUAGCACUAGAGAUGGUUUGGUGAAUAGGUUCAAGAAUCUGCCUGUGAAUAUACAGGAACAGGAGAUCAAAUACCUGUCAAUUCUACUUGGGGGAGCUACAAUCGACAAGCUCGAAGAUGAAAGCGAUGACGAUUACAGAGUCAGAAGCUUUGACGAAAUGCUUGCUCAACUUCCUGAUGAUUCCCCAUAUCCUGAUGCAUUUACUAACACAUAUCUAAAUCGGCAGAGAAUCUUCAAAAUAAGAACUUUUGAUUUAGUUAAAGAUGCAAUUGGUGAAGAUGGGUCCAGCAAGUCCACAUAAUUGUUUUAUUUUGCAUAUUAUGCACUUUUCAGACAGUGCGUAGGAGGUGUUUUCUUUUUGCUUAUUGCUUAUUGCAUGCUUAUGUGAUGUCUAGCUAGGCAGAGCGAGUUGUCGUCUUGUCUCUGUCAAGACUAUGUCUCGUACUUUAAUCUAGUUUCAGCUUCUAAUUGUGUUUUCUUUCACCGUACCAAACCCAACCCUGGAACCUCGUUUUUCCAGGUUGGAUGUUCUGAAUAAAGGAAACAAAAAAAGUCUGUCUA